GUGAAGACCCGGAUCCUCUGAUUGAUCGUUUUCCUUUAUUGGUUCGUUCUGUUGAAGGUCCUGCGUUGAGGCGGCGACGUUUGAAGGGGCUGGUUGGCAUGGCUGCAGGCGGUGAGAGUACAAUGAGUUCUCGUAAAAUGGAAUUAAAAACGUCGCGCUUCGAUUUGUUGAUGCGAUGAUGGCAAAAUGCCAUGUGAACCUCCACAAGUGCACCUUUGAGUUUUGAUUCGUAUUGAAGGGGUGGGAUCAGAACGUGGUUCUCGUAUGCAUGUCAUGGUGACUUUCAACGUGGAAACUGACCUAGACAUCGCCAACGGUUCUCGAGGCGAAAUAACGAAAAUCGUUCUUGAUGAACGUGAAACAGAUUUCUCGCCGACAGCUGCAAUCGUGGAACUGACAUAUCCACCAGCAUAUGUUCUUAUUAAGCUGAACCGUACGAAAGCGGUUCAGCUUGAAGGUCUGGAGAAGAACAUAAUACCGUUAGUUCCAAUGGAGCGCACGUUUACCGUUAUCCACGGAAAUCACCCGAAAUCCAUAAGAAGACGGCAGCUGCCUCUCACACCAGCAUACUCGUUCACGGACUAUCGGUCACAAGGUCAGACCAUCAAUAACGCCAUUAUAGACAUUGCGACACCACCUACCGCGGGGCUUACUCCAUUCAAUGUCUAUGUCGCACUAUCGCGAGCUCGUGGCCGAGACGGAGUUCGGUUGUUGAGAGAUUUUGACGAGAACUUGCUGAUGACACAUCCUUGUGCGAGUUAAGGUGUAUACUGUAUGACAAGUGGGCGCUGCGAGUUUUGGUCCACGUUUCGCGAUGGUGGCACAGAAGGCAAAGAGACUACGAUCAUGGCA